UUUUGGUCGAUGACUUGUUCGAAAUGGAUGCAAUGAUUCGAUGUCAAGAGACGAUGUAAUGUAAAGAAGUGACGGCAAAACUACCGGCCUGCAUAGCUAAACACUGUUUUUAUUAAUAGGGGAAUCCCAUCGCAUCUUAUUUCCGCUUCUGAAUCGACGUCAACUGAGUCUGAUCAUUGAGAUCAUCGCAGUUGAAGGCCCGGGUUGAAGGACAUCAUCUAAUCGAAGGAUAUCAAGGAGUGUAUUUGGAAUCKACUGGGAAUAUUCUUUAAAUUAUUACGUGGAUUGUACAUCAUAAUUGGAAGUAUGUCAGGGUCGCCGAAAAGUGGUCAGAAACCAAAGAAGCCAAAGCCUAAAUUUAAUUUYAAAGACUCAACACAAUCCCCACCCAUUACCCCGGUAACGCCUCCAAGAAAUUUAUCAGACAAAGCAACGAUUACAGUAAAUGGGCAGGAAUUCAAUUGUAAUGCUGGAGAACUCAAAGAAAUAGAAGAACUAGGACAUGGUGCUUAUGGCUAUGUCUUCAAGAUGGUACACGAGCCAACACAGACUGUCAUGGCUGUCAAGAGAAUCAGGGCCAAUGUUAACUCAACAGAGCAAAAACGGCUUCUGAUGGACCUGGAUAUUUCGAUGAGAGUCAGCAAUUAUCCUUUUACAGUACAGUUUUAUGGAGCCUUGUUCAGAGAGGGUGAUGUUUGGAUAUGUAUGGAGCUUAUGAAAACAUCUUUGUAUGAUUUAUAUAAACUUGUUUACUCAAAACCUGGACAGCGAAUUCCAGAAGAAGUACUUGGAAAAAUUGCAGUUUCUGUUGUUCAUGCUCUUGAUUAUUUACACAGUCAACUUAAAGUCAUACACAGAGAUGUCAARCCAUCCAAUAUUUUAGCCGACGAAAAUGGUAACUUUAAGUUAUGUGACUUUGGAAUCAGUGGUCAGUUAGUUGAUUCUCUGGCUAAGACUGUCGAUGCAGGCUGCAAACCAUACAUGGCACCUGAAAGGAUCAAUCCAGACAGAGACAUGAAAGGAUACGAUAUAAGAUCAGAUAUUUGGAGUCUUGGAAUUACRAUGAUCGAACUUGCAACAGGAAAGUUCCCAUAUAACCAAUGGAAGACACCAUUUGAACAACUAAAGCAAGUUGUCCAUGAACCCUCUCCCUCUCUGCCUGAUGGACCUUUUUCYGAUUCAUUUAGGGAUUUUAUAAUUCAAUGCUUAAAAAAGGAUUACAAAGAACGACCAAAUUACAGCCAAUUAUUAGAUCAUCCAUUUAUAAUUGAAUAUGACAGCAGACCUGUUGAUGUUGGUAGCUGGAUUACAACAUACCUCAGAGAAAUGGGAAAAAUCAGUUGAUGAAUGACUGGGUCUUUGCUCUGGGACGAGAUCAAUGGACUAUAUUAGAGUAAUAGAAUCUAUUAUCCAAUUUUGUACACAGAUUUAAGGUCACUUUAAUAGCAUCUUGCGACCCAAUAUAUAGAUAYCUUUAGCUUUGGUAUAAUGUUUUCCCAACUCAUACCAUCCACAUCCCCAGAGUAUUAUUUCUUUGUUUAAUGGCUGAACAUGAGAAGACACAUAAAUAUCGAAACAACUGAAACAAUCUUGCUCGCUAGGUAAUGACAUGGGGAAUAGGACGUUUGCAAGAUGGCGUAAUUUGACUCCCACUACCAUAAUGCUUUGGGUUAGGGUUAGAAUAUUAACUGAACAAAAGGAAGUAUGCAAGSGAGUCUGGUAGUAGAGGCCAUUGACGCCAUCAUGCAAACAUCCUAUUAAACAUUUGUAAASGUARAGAGUCCUACAAAAAUKUUUGCUGUAGAMCUCUUCAGGAACAGCUCUUAUUAACAGUUAAACUGUCAUAGGGUUGUGAUGACCCCUAGUAAAUCUGUUUAGAUGUGGAUUUGUUUCGUAACAUUUUAUGUCUUCCCUAUUUACCUGGAUGAAAGAUUCUACACAGGGUUGGCACUCGAAUUUAAGAAUUUGAUUAACUGUUCAAUUCUUUUUCUAAAGUGGUCCAUUCCUACGUAAAAACAUGCUAAAACGUUUUGCUGUACAAGUCAAUUUUUUCUAGAAAAUGUGUUAAUUUUAGUACAAGAUCCAGUUUUGAUAAAAUAAAAAAUGUAAUAUGACARUACAUGUAAUAUGACAAUACACGAGUAAAUUAAAACUGAUCAUAAGAAACUGAACUUUACUAUAUACUUUUAAAAUACAUCAAUAUGACCUUACCUUGGAAAAAUAAAUGAUUUUUAAAAUAUGCACGUUAGUUUUAUUGAACAAGGCGUGUAUGUACUAGUAGAGUGCACGCACUAAAACCGUGAACAUCAAAUAGUACUAAUUAGUACUAUUUCAUACAGAAUCCUUUGUUUUCUAUUGUUAAAUUAUCACUAUUUAGUGCUAAAAAUUAUUUGUUUCACGGAUUUAGUGCGAGCACUCUACUAAGUGAAGUGGGAAAGAAUGAGCUUUGGCAUAAAAUAAAGUGCAUGUGUACCCCCACAUCCAAAAGAUGCUUACCCUGGGUUCCAGAGGGAUCCCCCCCCCCCCCUCCAGAUUUACCGAGAGCUGUUCUCAUUAAAAUGUGCUGGUGGAAAUACCUCUGAAAGGCAGCUAGGACCAGCUCUCGGUAAAUCUGUGGGUAAAUACCUCUAAAACCCAGGGAAUAUUUCGCUAAGUUUUUCAUUUCAUGUAUAYUAAUAUUUUCAAAAAAGUUUGACAAAAAUGAAAUAUGGACAUACAUCUAGAGACAAUUAUUAACAGGUUUUUUUGAAUAGUUAUGUCAAAACUGGAUAUCUCAAAACUGACUUUGCAAUUCUUAACAAGAGGAUACAUAAGUCACUACAGCAGUCCAGCUAUUCUUGGAUAUUUUCAACCAAAAGAACUCUCAACUAAGAACACAAGUUAAUAUCUAAAAACAUGUUUAUUUUGUCAAAUCCGUGUCAAAUAAAUACAUUUAGCAUAAAUCUCAAGAUUUUCCUCUUCCCCCCAAAAUAAACUAAAGCAAAUCUGAKAGAGAUAUAUCAGAAGUAUGAAUAUUUCAGCUUUCUGCUUAGCAGGAUAGUCACCCUUAAAAACAGGAACAGUUGCAAACAUAUAGAAUGCAUACCAUAUAUCCAU